AUGAAAAAAUUUCUUUUUCCGAGCUCGAAAUUCGAGCGAAUCAAGAGGAAGGUCAAUUUUAUCGAUGGUGUAAGGUGAGUUCUUGCGUUUUUGUUGAGUUAUUAUGUAGAAUAGGUCAGCGUCAAGCUUUGGCAAAUGUGUUUAUGUGGUUUUGGAAGACUUUUGAGUUAUAUUCUUCAAGUGAGCACGAAUUUCAGGUAUGCCCCGAAUGCGUGUUUACGAAGUCGCAACCUUCUACACAAUGUUGGAACCAGUGGGCAAAUACUUCCUCCAGAUGUGUGCUACGACACCAUGUAUACUUCGAGCAGCCGAAUCCAUCACCUAAAAGCUGAUCAUCAAGCCAGGUCAAUCCAAAUGACGCAAGGUAAGCUUUUGAAGUUUUUUUUUUUUUAAUUUUAGGUGUUUUAGUUGGCUGUUGACUUGUUGUAGUAGGCAUUGAGAACUGAAUUUUCUACAUAUAGACAAGAGCGUAAAAAUGCUUUGUGAUGAAUAACUGGUCAGCUAGGGUGCGUCAGCUGUUGAUAACCUUUUUGCAGAUUUUUGUGUCAUAAUUUUAAGUUGUCUUCUAAAUCAUUGUUCAAUUUCAGGUAUGACCUGA